AUGGCACAUCUUGAAUCUCGCAAGCAUAUCUCGCCCGAUUCGGGUUUCCCCAUUACGCUUCAUCCCAAGUUCUCGGACAAGAUCAAAGACCAUACGCCACCGGAGCCACCGCGGACUGAGAUAUUCCCUGGAAAGGACCGAGCUGCAUUUGCCGAUCCUGAAAAAAGAGCAUUGUUGUCUGCGGCAAAGCGGACUGACCUUACCGAGUCCAUCGGUACAGUGUUAGAUGAUGUUCAGCUUUCAACGUUGACGCCGGAACAGCUCGAUGAGUUGGCAUUGUUGGUGAACGAGCGCGGGGUCGUAUUCUUCCGGGACCAAGACCUCACGACCGACAAGCAGGUCGAACUUUUUGAGCAUUAUGGGAUUUUGGACAAGCACCCGGCCCAGAAAGACGUCAAGCACGUCAUAAUUCGAGGUAGCCGCGAGAACCACCGAGAGAUUCUGAAGUAUACGCCUUGGCCGUCAGGAGACUUUCAUGCGGACACUUCAUUUGAGAUCAAUCCACCCUCGUACUCAAUGCUGCGGAUGGAGGAGCACCCAGAUGUCGGUGGCGACACAGCCUGGGUGUCAAGCUAUGGAUUGUAUGACACCCUCAGCAAGGCGAUGCAGAAGUUCGUUGACGGCCUACACGCCGUGCACACCUCGCGGUUACAGUACGACACCAUCCUUGACCUUUGGAAUGUCGGGCCCAAUCGUCCGCCAAUUGAUUCGCAUCAUCCUGCAGUGCGGACACAUCCUGUCACGGGCCUCAAAGCUCUAAACAUUAACCCGGGCUUCACAACGGGCUUCGCAGAGCUUAACAAGGUCGAAAGUGAUAAGUUGCUUGACUUCUUCCAAUACCACAUCCAUUCUGCUGAUGACCACUACGUAAGAUGGAAGUGGACGGUCGGUAGUGUGGCAAUGUGGGAUAACAGGUGUGUAGUACACCGCGUAAUCCCGGGUCGAUAUGAAGGCAACCGGCGAGGCAUCAGGACAACAGUGUUUGGAGAGAAACCAUAUUUCGACCCCACCAGUGAAAGUCGGUAUGAGAGAGAAGAAAAGUUCAAGGAACAAGGGCAGAAUGAUGGCGAACUUCAAGAGAAACUAGACGAGCAGAAAGGCACGCCCAGUUCAAGUUCAGAGCCUGAAGGCAACAAGGCAGUACCGAUGACACCCACCAGAUCUUAG